AUGGAAGCCACCAGAAUCGACGAAGCUCUACAAAGAGCAACAAAUGAAUUUGGACUCUGUCCCAACCGCGUCUGGGCCAUUGGGCACAACCUCGAGGACUGGGAGAAAAAGCUCCCGGAUCUAGUUCCCACGAGCGAGCGGCAAAAGAGUGUGGGCAUAAUCGGGCAUGAGGGCCAUGAACGUUGCACAUUCGAGCUCUGCGAAUACUCAAUCCUCAACUACACAUCAGUAACUCAGCGGCAUGAAGAUGGUAUAGCGUCCUGCCGGGAGGAAAAACGCUGUGAUACCCUUAAGGGGCUGUUUGCAGUGAAUAAGCUUGACGAAGCGUCUCUUGCGGGAAAACCGACUGCCUGGAGGCUCGAUGGGGAAUCGACCAUCGACGUGGCUGAGCCUUACAUGGCCAUAUCGCAUGUCUGGUCCGAUGGAACCGGAAACGGAGUCUCGGCUGAUGGAGAAGUGAAUGAAUGUCUAUAUCGAUACUUUGAGCGGAUCGCAAGACGCUGGCAAUGCACCGGCAUCUGGUGGGAUGCAAUCUGUAUACCGAAGGACAAAGCUGCCAAAGACAAGGCAAUAUGCCGGAUGGAGCACAACUACGAGGGUGCAAGGAUUACACUUGUUCACGACUGCUAUAUUCGGAGUUGGAAAUGGGUGGAUGCUGAGACUGCGUGUCUUGCCAUCAUACUCUCGCCAUGGUUUAGUCGUGGGUGGACUGCAUUGGAAUUAGCGAGGUCUACUAGGGUUAAAGUGAUCUUCAAGGGUAAUGUGAUCAAGGAUCUGGAUGAAGAUAUCCUGUCCAAAUCGGACAGUGAUUCUGCUUGUCAUCGAUUUGCUACGGAAGCUAUCAGAGGUUUGCGUAGGAAGCGCGUUGAAAAUCUGAACGAUCUGCUGACUGCACUUGGUCCUCGCUCUACCUCGUGGGCGCGCGACAUGCCAAGGAUCUCGGCGCUUCUUGUCGGGACUCCCAAAGCGAGCGGAGAGGACAAACAACAUCAUAUAUAUCAGCAAGUACUGCAUAAUAUUGGAUGGGUGGCUCACGGACACCUGUUCCAUAGGUCCGCAACGAUGGCGGGCAAUUUCAGCUGGUGUGCAACGAAUCUGCUGGCUAUGCCUAUUGCUUCUCAAACGCAAGAACGACUUAACAUCAAGUAUGACGGAUCCAUCACUGGCCGUUGGAAAGUCAUCAAACAGGCCUCGGUCCCAAGAGAACGCUACGUGCUACAAAACGGCUUUCCGCUCGUAGACAUGAAAGUCAACGUUACCCUAGAAGCAGCAGACAAAUCUGUACUCUUGGGAGAGCCUGAUGCCAAAGUGCUGACCAGAGCAAUCGCAGCGAAAGUUUUGGACCGUGCAAAGCAACGCUAUGAAUUCAUGGGGCCUGUAUAUUUCAACCCCCCUCUUGCCCUUGACGAGAUUCGCUGGAAGACUAUUGAUUUUGUCACAAUCAGCGGCAGUCAGGAAGAGACAGACUCCUCUCAGACAAUACCAUUUGAGCCUGAGUUGCCGCAUGUACCCGAUCAUCUCAAAUAUCUCAUACCUCCAGUACCGACGGUAAUGGACACUGCUUUUAGACGAAAGAUUCGUCUAGCCCAGAUGGCUGGUGACCAUGAAAAAAUUAGAAAAAUCUCAAAUGAAGGAGUUGUCGGUGCCAUGUCUCGCAAUGAUGCCUCUAUUAAAGAAGAGGAACGUUUGGUUCGUGCCGUCAUGGAAGGCGACGAAAAGACUGCUCUCGAUGUCUUGGAAGAUAAAUUCAUCAAUGUUAGCUUCAAGGACGGUGCCGGAUGGACGGCUCUGCAUUAUGCCGUGCGGAGAGGAUACAAUUCGAUUGUUGAACGACUUUUUUAUAACAUGCGCCGUGGAAGGGGACGCUAUAGAAGGGGAGAAUUAGCGGCUCAAAUAGCGGUUCAGGAUGACCUGGGACAACAGUGCAUUCAUCUGGCAGCUGAACGCGGGGAUUGCGAGCUCGUUGAAUCCGAAGAGGAAUUGCUGAAUGUGCACAAAGAGUGUAAGGAUGGUCAGACUGCUCUUCAUCGGGCUGUUUUGGGUGGAUCUUUGGAAAUGGUUAUGCUGUUGCCGAACACGUUUUGUGACGCCGUAAAAGACGCUCAGGAUUCGCAGGGUAGAACAGCGCUGCAUCUGUGCGCUGAACUGGGCCAGGGCAGGAUUUUCAACGAACUACUAUCUAGAAAAGCAAACAUUUUGCUUAAAGACAGCAGUGGACGCACGACGCUUCAUUACGCAGUUAUGGACUGGAACGAUACUACAGAUGUAGACAUGGUCUCUCUUCUGCUGGAAUAUGAGGAGCUCAAUGUCCCCGACAAUGACGGUCGUAUGCCUCUUCAUUAUGCCGCUGAGAUAGGCUAUCCUCGCUACGUCAGACUACUUUGCCGAAAAACAAACCUAGGUGUGGCUGAUUCGAGCGAGCAGACGGCACUCCAUGUAGCAGUUAAUGGCGGUCACCUAGAGGCUGUGAAUGAACUGCUAGAAUGGGAUAGAGAAAGACACGAGCUUUUGCAGAUUACUCUGGAUACAGCAUUACACCUGGCGGCCUCUUUGAAUCACUUGAAGAUCGUACAGGCUCUUGUAAACCAUGGAGCAAGCAUCUGGUACCGAGAUCCCAGUGACAACAAAACGCCCGCAGAGGUGGCAGUAGAUCAGAAAAGGGCACCGCUGACCAUGUACCUUGUGGAGCUUGUGCUCUCAUCAUCACGAUCCGAAGAAGCGCCCCCCGGCUGGAUCGAAGUGGCAAGCACUUGUUCGCUUGAAAAGAGUAAUGAUGCAUCACCACUACAUCAUGCAGUGAAAAGAGAUUAUCAGAAAGUGGCAGUGGCGUUGACACUUAGCGGAGAAGACGUUUUCGUGACGGACGAGAUUGGCAAGACUAUCAUCUCCUUGGCCGUGGCCAAAAUGGCCAAGGAUGUGGUAUAUGCGCUCGCUUAUCAGUACGGACAAGCAAUCUAUAAAGCCAAGCAAGCCGAACAGGUUCUCCAGCAAGCGGUAUACCAUUCGUCUAAACCACUUGCCUCCUAUACAUAUGAAUUGGGGGGCGUUUGGAGGAAUCUAUACGGAGCAAUUCUCUCUGAUUCCUGGACAGCGGUAAUGCAUCUUGAGCAGGCAUUCAAAUCUACUAGUGAUCUGGAGAUGCAGGCGCUGUUAACUCCGGAUUGGGAAGUUCUGCGCUCGGAGUUUCCGAAUGUGAAGUUGGAUGAAGCGAAGCUGCUUCAAGAUGAGUGGUUGAAUGUGAAGUUUGGUGAAGCGAGUCAGGAUCAGUUGACUCCUUUGUAUCUACAUCAGCAGGAUAUUGGGAGAUUGGAUCCGUAUGUGCGGCAGUAUAUGGCUAGAUAUAGGGCCUCGAAUAGACAGUAUGGGCUCGAAGGUGAGGAUGACGACGCUGGUCAGCAGGAUAUUUGGAGAUUGGUUGUGCGGCAGUAUAUUGCUAGAUAUAGGGCCUCGAAUAGACAGUAUGGGCUCGAAGGUGAGGACGACGAUGACGGCGAUGAUACCGAUGAAGAUGAGGAUGAGGAUUCAAGCUCGGAGUCAGGCUUGUACAACUCAAGACGUAGACCGCGAAGACGGGAAGAAGACUCAGAAGAGGACUCCGAUUCUGAGUAAGGGUGAAAACGAGGAAGACACAAGUAGAGGACGAAAGAGAAAGAGUGGCAUUUUCCAUUUCUUCAAC